GUCUGCUUGAUCAAGAGGCUCGGUCCAUGGCACGGUCCAUGAGUUGUGGCUGGAUCAGGCCACAGUAUAUUUGAUUUCAUGUGUAUAGUUGCGUGCCAUGGGCAUGAUUGACAUACACAUGUCACAUCUCCGCCCAUGUCACUUGACCUUUGGUUGGAUCUCCUGAAAAAAAGUGAGAUUCCGCAUCGUGUCGGCGGGGUCAUGGGUUGCAAGUCGAGAUCGGCUCGGCUGGUUCCGAUAUAUGAAUCGACAUUUGCGAACUUCUUGAUCCAUCCUUCAAUAAAGCAGCCGGCGUAGCAGCCAAAGAUCAAUCAUAGAAUUCGGGAACAAUUCGGGAAACACAAUUCGGGAACCCAUUCGGGAACCAAUUCGAGAACCCCCGAUCCUCGAACGGACAUUAUCGCGGAAAGUGCUAAUUAGAUCCAGAAUGCAAAAUCAGAACUGAUUCUGAAUGCGAGUUAUAAUUUCAACAUACUCGGUGUUCCAGGUAUAUAUGCUAUAUAAAUAUAUACUGUAGAUCUUCUGCUGAUUUUGUCCAAGAGUCCAGAGACACACAUCGAAAGUGAUCGCUCCUUUCAUAUCUCCUCAGCAGUUACUGCUUGUCUUUGGCCUCGCGCUCAGAUUCACUUCGCUGAUUGCUGAUGUAAGUUAAAGAGAUUGAUCCGUGAAAUCAAUUCAUGACCCUGGAUACCAAGCAACCAUAAGCAACCUCAAUCAACCUCAAAUAUAAAGAUCGCCAAGGAGUUCUUACUUUCCGCCGAGUUUUUUUGAGCCAGUCAUGGAUGUUUUCCUCCUCUCCAACACAGAUGACAAACACGUUGUCAAGGUCAAAUUGAAAAUUUGACUUCCUUCAGUGCAAGCGCCUGAGGCAGAUUCAACUGCUUUGCCAUGCUGCGCGUAGUAGGGCUUCUUGCCCUGGCAUCGCUGGUGGUGGCAAAGCCGAAAGCAGGUAAAGGAAGCAUGUGACUGUCGCGACCACCUUUGCUUUGUUGUACAAACAAGAACAACAAAGUUGUAUAUUAUUUUUAUACUGCUUUGUUGCCCUUGUUACCUAGUAGCGGUACCCUUGUUACUACUAGCGAUGCCUCUUCUACUGUUAUAUGUAAAUAGGCCUUAAGGCCUUGAAUCUAGAAAUGUUUCAAAGACCUGCAUUGUGAGGCAACAGCCCCCAGGAGCUCAGUGACAUUGCCGACAGGCUGAAAGAUGCCAAAGAUGACCCCGAGAAGGCGAAGCAGGCUUUGAACAUGAUGGACCCGGAUAGCUUAGGUGACUCCAUGGCAAACAUGAUGGUUAUGGCCAUGGACAAGGACCAAGAUGGCAUCCUCACGAAGGAGGAGAUCAACAGCAUUCCCAUGCCGGAGGAUGACGGAACGAAAGGCAAGUCCCAGGAGAUGUUCAACAACAUGGACGCAGAUGGGGAUGGCAUAGUGACCAGAGCAGAAGCAAAGGCCUACUUUGCCCAACUUGGUAACACCCUCAAGGGCCUGGGCGGCAUGAUGGUUGGUUCCAAGAAGAAAACCGACCUCUGAGAGCAUCUCACGGUGCGGAGAGCUGCAGAGAAUCACUGUCGGAAGCUGCAUCUCAUAAUCACAUUGUGACACACAAGCGACGUGAGUGCGGGUCAAAGGUCAACGACCACUUGUUGACGCUAGGUCAAUGGCUUGAUGCUUCAAAAGGGCUCGUUUUCAUUUUACAACUAGCCGCAAAGCUCUUCGUGCAGAUCUUGAUCCCUGAGAGAGGGUUGCAAAGCCAAUCACCAAAUCGAUCUUCCCACGUUUGUGACGUUUUUGGGAACCCGAGGGAGUGUAUAUAGUGGCACCCUCAGGACUUUCAAGCUUCUCAGACUCCUUUUGGACAAAUUGAAGAAUUACAAAGUGCGCAUUUGCGCUUGCUGCUUUGCACAGUGUGGGAGUCUUGAAGGUAGUUUUGUAUCGAUCAAAUGCAGUCAGUCAUAGAGCCUGCGACAGACUGGAUCUUUUUCCCAGAAAUGAGUGCGACAGAUUGGUUGUCUUCGAAAACGAUGAUGGCAGUGACAACGUUAGUUGCUUUGCAUAUGUGAGUUACGUUAAUUAGCCUGCUGCUAAUAGUGAGUGAGACCGAAAGGAGUAACAUGCCAAUUGCCAUUGAACGCUCCUAAAGCCCAACUUUGGAUGCUCCCGGGAGGACUUGACGGCGCUUUAUGACAAGCAAGUCUUGGUAUUGAGGCACAUCUCUGGCGAAGUUAUGUUCCUCCCACUGCCACCAGCAUAUAUAUCCUACGCUGUGUGCUGCGCAUCUUCGCU